AUGGAAAUUGUUACUGCACCUGUGAGUUCCAUUUCUGAGAUUAUUUUCAACCGUUUGUUUGAUGCAGCAGGCCGUCAGAUUGGUAACCUGCUCAACUACAAUGACAACAUCAAAGCAUUACAAAAGCAAGCUCACGAGCACAAGGCAACCAGAGACAGCAUACAAGUUAUAAUUGAUGCUGCUGCAAGAAACAGAGAAAUUAUCUUACCUAAUGUCCAAAGCUGGAUAUCAGAGGUUGAUAAUGUCUUUGCAGAAGCAGAAAAGUUAUUGGAAGAUGAAGGCAAUGCGAACAAGAUGUGCUUCAGAGGGUGGUGCAUUAAUCUCAGAUUGUGCUACCGGUUGAGCAAGCAGGCAAAGCAGAAGAUAGCCAAGAUCACUCAGCUCCGAGAACAUGGAAAAUUCCAAACUCUAUCUCAGCCUGCUCCUCCUUCUUCGGGCAUUAUCUCUCCAACUGUGGGAUUUUCUGGAAUUUUCAAAUCCAGAGAAUCAAUCAAGAAUGAAAUUAUGAAGGCCUUGGAAGAUGACAGGGUCAGCAUAAUUGGAAUAUGUGGGAUGGGGGGUGUGGGUAAGACCACACUAGUGAAACAAGUCGGCAUACUAGCCAAAGAGCAAAAGUUGUUUGAUUCAAUAGUUAUGGUGGUUGUGUCCCAAACCCCAAAUAUCAUGAAUAUUCAAAGAGAAAUUGCUCACAUGCUAGAUCUGAAAUCAUUAUCUGAUUGUCCUGAAUCAGCAAGAGCAAGUUCUCUAUGA